UUUUGUCUGUGUAUUUUUAGGUCAUUAGAGUGGAGGGGUAGGUAAUCCCCAGGCUCAAGUUCCAGAGGGGCGGGUUCUGGCCGGAGGUGGAGUCACUUUUCAUUUAAAUCCCUGACUAUAAAAUGGGCUUAAAGAGAAGCGGGAUCUCAGCUGAGCUGCACAGACCCCGACAAGAAGGGUGCGUGGGGGGCCCCAGGCAGCCAGCGCCCUACAGCACGAGCCGCUGCGAUGCUCCACUCCCUCGGCGUUCACACCUUGCAGCUGCUCACCCAGGCGGCCGCCUGCAUCUUCCUCUUCCCCCGCUUCCUGCUCACCGCCGUGAUGCUCUGGCUCCUGGAUUUUCUGUGCAUUAGGAAGAAGAUGCUGAUGAUGCCCACGGCAGAAGAGGUGGCCAGUGCCAGCGAGGGGCCGCCCCCCGACGACCCCCCGGUCUGCGUGUCCGACUCCAACCGCAUGUUCACGCUGGAGUCGCUGAAAGCCGUGUGGCACGGGCAGAAGCUGGACUUUUUCAAGUCGGCGCACGUGGGCUCCUUAGCCCCCAACCCCGAGGUGAUCCAGCUGGACGGGCAGAAGAGGCUCCGCAUCCUCGACUUCGCCCGUGGCAAGAGACCACUCAUCCUCAACUUCGGCAGCUGCACCUGACCCCCGUUCAUGGCCCGCCUGAGGUCCUUCCAGCGCUUGGCCGCGCACUUCGUGGACAUUGCUGACUUCCUGCUGGUGUACAUCGAAGAAGCACACCCCUCCGACGGCUGGGUCAGCUCGGACGCAGCCUACAACAUCCCCAAGCACCAGUGCCUCCAGGACAGGCUGCGGGCAGCUCAGCUGAUGAGGGAAGGGGCGCCCGAUUGUCCCCUGGCCGUGGACACCAUGGACAAUGCUUCCAGCGCCGCCUACGGUGCCUACUUCGAGAGGCUCUACGUCAUCCAGGAGGAGAAGGUGAUGUACCAGGGAGGCAGAGGACCAGAGGGCUACAAGAUCUCGGAGCUGAGGAGCUGGCUAGACCAAUACAAAACCCGGCUCCAGAGCCCCAGCACGGUGGUCAUCCAAGUGUAAAAAGGACCUGGCAAAACUGAAGGGGUGGAGAGGCGAGGGGAGGGCGGGAGGAGAGGUGGGGAGGGAGAAGGCACUGCGACGCGGAUGGCAGGAGCUGUCUUCCCCGGGGACACUCGAAGGAGGCUGCUGUGGGAGCUUUGGAGGAAGAUGUGCCAUAGUCCUUUCUCUAUUCAAAUCAUGUUGAUUUGCCAGCCACGCUCUGUCAAUACUGUAUUUCCAUGUGCGUUUUGUAAAUAACUCUCUCCUCCCCCCCCCCUUUUUUUUUUUUGAGAAGCGUUUACUAUUUUUUAAGGAGGCUCUCUUCCUACGGGAUCUGUUCCCAUCUGCGUGUGUGCGCGGGUGUGCGUCUGAAAAGUUGUGUACAAGUGCUCCGUGCUGCCUAGCAAGUGCUAACUGGGAUUUCUAGUAUUUCUUUGUGAUGACCGAUUUUGAAAUGGCUUUCUUUAAUGCCAGGAAAUCGCGUCUGAUGUUGUCAAGUACUAGAACUGCCAAUAGCCAGAGGUGAACGGAAUGUCCUAUUUAUGUGGGGGGGUUUUGUAAGACGUUCGUUCACCUUUUUUUUUUUUUAUGAAUUUUUUUAAAUAAUAAAGGUUGAGUAAAUACACGUCUAA